GGGGUCAGUUGAGGACGUCACUUCCGCUCCUCCAGUGGCGUAGGGAAUAAGCGAGAGGCAACCGUAAGGGAAGGUAGCGAAGAGCGGUGAGCACAGAGUGGAACUGGGAACUGACUUAUAGCAACCCUUGUGGGGCUUUAAAGAAUGCCUAAAUCAAAAGAACUUGUGUCUUCAAGCUCAUCCGGCAGUGAUUCAGACCGUGAAAGUGAUACAGUGCAUCUGAAUCAUCAACUGUCGGAAAAAAGGAAAAAACAGGCUGUACAGGAAAAGCCAGUAAAGAAACAGAAGACUGGUGAGAGUUCCAAAGGUGCAGCCUCCUCCAAGCAAAGUAGCAACAGAGAUGAAAACAUGUUUCAGAUUGGUAAAAUGAGAUAUGUUAGUGUUCGUGAUUUUAAAGGCAAAGUCCUAAUUGAUAUUAGAGAAUACUGGAUGGAUCAAGAAGGUGAAAUGAAACCUGGCAGAAAAGGUAUCUCUCUAAAUCCAGAACAGUGGAGCCAACUGAAGGAACAGAUUUCUGAUAUUGAUGAAGCAGUAAGAAAACUGUAAAGUUGAGCCAUGCAGAAAAUCUACUGUUAUAGGUUUAAGUAGUCUUUUUACAUUGGCAUUCAUUUUCUAAACUCUUUGUUUUCCAAGCUAUUGUAUAUUUGGAUUGCAAAACAAUUUGUAAGAUGGACGCUUUUUUUAAUGUGCAUUAAAAGUGUAUUCUGAGUGAAGCUACAAA